UUAAAAGCAUAUGAUUACUUCUCUCCUUGGAAAGGACAGCAACAGAUGUACAAGCUGGACAUAGGCUGGCCUAAAAUUCCAGAAUACUUCACUGGCCAAACAUUUUGUGUUGCUGUUGACUCUCUUCAUGGUUUGGUCUACGUGGGACAAAGAGGAGACAAUGUGCCAAAGGUACUUGUGUUCUCAGAGGAAGGCUAUUUUCUUUACUCCUGGAAUGAUACAGUUGAAAUGCCUCAUGGUAUCUUUGUAUUGAACACCGCAAUAGAUAGUUCAGUAUGGAUCACAGAUGUUGGAACAGGGAAAUAUGGGCACACUGUGAAACAAUAUAGCCCUUCGGGUAAACUUAUGCAGAUCUUGGGCACGCCAGGUAAUGCUGGUUCAAGUUUGAUUCCCCUGCAAUUUGAUCAACCAGCAGAGGUCUUUGUAGAGGAAAGUGGAGAUGUCUAUGUUGUGGAUGGAGAUGGAGGAAUGAAUAACAGAUUACUCAAACUAUCCAACGAUUACAAAGAGAUAUGGCUGACUGGAACAAAUGGGACCGGCAUUGGUCAAUUCAAGAUUCCUCACAGUGUAACAGUGGAUCCUUUUGGACGGGUGUGGGUUGCAGACAGAGACAACAAAAGAAUCCAAGUUUUUGAUAAAGUCACAGGGGAAUGGCUUGGGUCUUGGAGCACCUGUUUUUCAGAAGAUGGACCCUAUUCUGUCAGAUUUACUGCCAAUUACAAAUACCUGAUUGUAGCUCAGAUGAAUAUCAACCGGCUAGCAAUCUUGGCAGCACCACCGGUUGGUUCUAUUGGGGACUGUGUUAUGGUCAACACAGUCCAGCUGGCAGAUGAAACCAAACCACACCUUGUGGAUGUAGACAUGAAGACUGGAGCAGUCUAUGUUGCAGAGAUUGGAGCCCAGCAAGUACAAAAAUACAUACCCUUAAGCUGA